AUGUCGAAAGCUACUCGUUAUUUCGAGCCAAGCCAAACCCAAGUGUUUAUCUUUAUGGGCACAAGUGGAUGUGGAAAAUCAUUCUUUGGAAAGUUAAUCUCUCAGGAACUGAAAGUUCCCUUUAUUGAAGGUGAUGAACUACACUCAGAAUCAAAUAUCAACAAAAUGAAAUCAAAAAUUCCACUUGAAGAUUCGGAUCGUUAUCCAUGGUUACAAGCCAUUAUAGAUAAAGUUACUAAAUUAGCAAAUGAGAAAAAUUCAUCAUGUAUUUUAGUAUCAUGUUCAGCGUUAAAAAUUAGCUAUCGUAAUGUUUUGAGAAAGAAUUUAAUUGAACAAAAUAUUAUUGUUUGGUUCAUUUAUUUAAAAGUUGACAUACAAAUUUUAAAGGAAAGAAUGCAAAAACGAGAAGGGCAUUUCAUGGAAGCAGAUAUGCUAGAAUCACAGUUUAAAGAUUUAGAGGAACCAAAUAACGAGGAGAAUACUGUUACUGUAGAAGCAAAUAAUAAUGCAGAUCUGGUUAAAAAAAUUAUCGUUGAGAAUAUGAGUAUGCAGUGA